AUGGCUGAAAUUGGAGAAGUUGUAUCCGAUGAUUAUGGAUUCAAGUUGAUUGAUGAUUUUGCCAUAGCAGACGCAAUAGAUUUAAAACAACACAAGGAUGGAGAAGAAUUACGAUUAUUAGCGAUCCACGAUGAACAAAGGGUCAUUGCUGUAUCAAACUUCAAGUCACUCAAAUUUGUAUCUGCUGAUCACUUCGAGGAUAUUGAUACUGUGGAUGGUGACUUUCAUAUAACGCAGUUGUAUUUCACCGAUCUGAAGUUUUACAUGUUGAAUAACAACGUAAUACAAACAUUGACUACUGAUCAAAUCAAACGCAACGAGUAUCAAUUUGCUUCCGUAGAGGGAAAGUAUACUGAUUUAAAGCCAUUAAAUGAUCACAAUUACCUAGCUUUUGAUAAUGGCAAUCUAUACCACAAUUCAAUCAAGAUUGCAUCGAGUGUGAUCAAGUAUGCUUGGCACAAGUCAUCGCCAAUUUAUAUUACCGAGUCGGACCAAUUUCAAAUAAUGGGUAAACCCAUCAACUAUGACGAAGCAGCAAAAGAUGAGUUAUCUGAGCUUCGACUCGUUGAGCUUGUUUCCAUCAGCGAAUACAUUUUCCUCAUAUACGAUUCAAGUGAAGAGCAACCAUCUGACGACCAUCAAAUCAGAACCUACUUGCUCAAAGACGAAAAUGAAAAGUACACGCCCUUGGAUAUUGAAAUAGCAUCGCCAUAUGGUGCAGCAUACAGAACAACAACCUACUAUACUGCUUCAAUCGCCAACUGGCUAAAAUCAACGCAGCUAGAAUUCAUCACGUCAUCCUUAUCGUUGGAAAUUGGUAUUCUCGAUAUUACAAACUCAGAUCCUGAAUCUAUUGUGCCAUCAGAAGACUCAAAUAAAGCAAAUUAUCCCAUAGAUGACGAAUCACUGCUUGAUGUUUCACCUGUAGGGUUUGCUAUUUCUGUAAAUGAGUUGAAUUCGAAGGUGGACUCCCCCUGUGCUGGAGUUGAGGGCGAAGUUGUCGGAAAGUUACCGAGAAUAUAUGCGUUCUUGGAUAAUGGUAACUUGAGGUCUUGGUGGGUUUUCAACAAGCAUGGUAUUUUAAAUGACGAUUUGUCCUUGGAGAAUGCCAUUGCUGAAGAAAGAUCUAAAGUGAAAGACAAAGCUGAAAUCAAUGAUGAAGUAGGUAACAAGGAAUCUUCUGAAACUAAUGAUGAAGCUGAUAAAAAAGAAUCUGCUGAAACCGAAACAACAUCACAGCAACCAAACCCAUUCCAAUCUGCACAGCAACCAAAUCCAUUCCAAACUGCAAGCAAUCCUUUUGGAUUGACUGCUGCUGGUGCUUUCAAAAGCCCAGUGACAGCUUCUAAAAGUAAUGCUGCUCCAGAUUCCACAAAAUCUGCAUUUGGAUCAACUGCAUUUGGCUCAGGAAAAACUUCAAAAUUUGCAUUUGGCGCAGGACAAACCUCAAAAUCUGCAUUUGGAUCGACUGGAUUUGCCUCUUCCGCAUCUGCCUCCUCUGGAUUAGGUUCUACCGGAUUUGCCUCUUCAGGGUUUGCCUCUUCCGGUUUUGGAACAACACAAAAGAAUACUGAAACUACUGGUAACCUGAAGCUUACUUCAGGUUUUGGAAAGUUUAGCAAUCAAAAACCAGCGACAUUUGGCAGUGGUAAUGGUGAAUCCAUAUUUGACAAUGACAAAAAGUCGUCGUCACCCUUUGGUCAACUAUCUGGUUCGGCUACGCCAUUUGGAAAAACAGAGGGUAAAUCAGGCUCAAUUUUCGAUCAGAAACAGCAACCACCAGUUCAACCAAAACCGAUGUUUGGACAAGAUAGUGGCUCAAAAGCAUCUGCCUCGCCUUUCUCUACGUUAAACAAGGAUACAAAAUCUGAAGGCUUUGACUAUACAAGGCAAACUCCAUAUGCUGACCCUAUGGAAUCUUCUAAAGAAUCUACGCCGACUCCAUUUGGUUUUAAUAUGAAAGACAAGUCUAAGUCGUUGACAAAGGAGGGAAGUACACAGAGCCCUCAUGAACCUUUAUUUGGCAAGACUGAAACAGGUGACUUAUCAGCUGCGUUUGGCGGAUUGAACACCAAAGAGAAGCCAAGCGAGCCCUUUGGGUCUAGUUUCUCUGGUUUGAAAAAGACUGAUGAGCCUUCGCCAUUCGCCCUGUUGCAGAAAUCAAAUGCUCCAUCGCCUUUUGCAAAUUUAAACUCAACCCAAAAACCUGCUGGAGAAGAUGAACAUUUGCUGAAAGCCUCAGAUGUGCAUUUGCUGAAAGCCCCAGAUGAUCAAUCUGAUAAAGAAGCCAAGUCACAAACUAAUGCUUCAAGCGGUGAGGAAGUUACAAAUGAAGAGGAGGCAUCAGCUGACGCGGGAAUGGUAAACAAAUUGUCGAAAGAAGCGACAGGCUCUCUGGAUGAGUUUGAUGCUACUGAAAACUACGAUCUUUCCCAAGAUGACGAAGAAGAUGAGGUUGAUGAUCAUAAAUUCGUAGAAGAUUCCGAGAAGUAUGAUUCAUCGUGGGUGAAUAUCUCAAAGAAUGAUGCAAAGGGACAGAUUAUUGCGCAGUCGUUGGUCGACAUUGAGCACGGAGGAGCUUGUGAAAAUGUCGAAGCGAAAGAGAAAGCUGAAGAGGAACCCGUUGAAAAGUCAAGUGAUGAACCCAUAGAACCUGUUGAAUUUUUGGUCUUUGAUGGAUUCUCUGCGUCGUUGGAGCAGAGUGAUGAUCCUAUAAAGAAUAAGAUGCGCAACAUCAUUGCAAAUACAGAGGGCAAUUUGGAAUUUUUGUUGCGAAACACUACGGCAGUUACCGCAUAUAUAGAUGCUCAUAGUACGCCAGGAAAACAUUGGCAUGAAAUUUCUGAGGUAGACAAUUUGGAGAUCAAUAAAGAUAUGUACAAGGGGAAAUUACAAUACUUGCAUGAAAAAGAAGAUGAGCUUGUUGAAUUGAAUCGGAAAUUACAACAAAGUCAAUAUCAACAACGAGUGCUUGACAGGUCAUUCAGUCAAUUGGUCUUGUUAGAGAAAGGAUCCAACAAGAAUUUGAAAUUUCUCAAAAACAGGCCGUUGGAACCACGCAAACAGGAGAUGAGAGACAAAUUGAAAACAAAAUUGGCCGAUGUCGAAUCGUUAGAAUCGAAGUUGAGGACUUUGUUAAUGCCUAUCAAGGCUAAGAAUUCAUUAAACCUGUCGACAGUAGAAAAAAUUGAAGAAAUAUUAAUGCAACUAAAUGAUCAAGUUUUAGACCGAAAGCUCGCUUUGACCGAGUUGGAAGAAGAAAUGAAGGAUUUAGAUUUGGAAGGAGGGUCGAAAAGUCUUUCUAUUAAACCAGGGAGGGCGAAGCUUAAUUGGAGAAACAGAUUGAGAGCAAUCAAUUCGAAACAGAUCACCUAA